UCCAGGAACGGGACCAUGAUCGACGAGCGGCUCGGCACGGGACCUCCGGACCUGCCGGUGCCGUUCGGGCAACUCACGUCGCGCCUACUGGACGCGGUCGCCUCGGCGGAGGCGGAGUCCAACGGCACCGGCUGCGGGGAGCCCACGCUGAGCCGCAGCCGCGCAGAGAAGGCGGUGAUCGGGUCGGUGCUGACGCUGCUCACGCUGUGCACGGUGGGCGGCAACCUGCUGGUGGUCAUCUCGGUGUGCGCCGUCAAGAAGCUGCGGCAGCCGUCCAACUACUUGAUCGUCUCCCUGGCCGCCGCGGACCUUUCCGUGGCCGUGGCCGUCAUGCCGUUCGUCAACGUCACGGACCUGAGCGGCGGCCGCUGGAGGUUCGGCCGCUGGUUCUGUAACGUCUUUAUCGCCAUGGACGUCAUGUGCUGCACCGCCUCCAUCUUGACCCUGUGCGCCAUCAGCAUCGACAGGUAUUUGGGCAUCACCAAGCCGCUGACGUAUCCGGUCCGUCAAAAUGGCCGCUGCAUGGCCUUGACAGUGGCGUGGGUGUGGCUGCUGUCGGCCUCCAUCACCCUCCCCCCCUUCUUCGGCUGGGCCCAGAACGUCAACGACGGGCGCGUGUGCCUCAUCAGCCAGGGCGUGGGCUACACCGUCUACUCCACCGCCGUGGCCUUCUACAUCCCCGUGUCCGUCAUGCUCUUCACCUACUCGCGCAUCUACCGCGCCGCCAAGCUCAGCGCCGCCAAGCACACCAUCGCCGCCUUCCCCCGCGAAGAGUCGUCCGCGGAGACGGGGAGCGCACGGGAGACGGAGGAGGAGGAAGUGGACUGCGUGGCGGCGGUGUUGAAGCUGCAGCGGGAGGUGGAGGAUGAGUGCGGCCAGCGCGUUUCCCGCUUCCUCAAGAGCGGCGAACAGCGGCGGCGCGGCAGGAAGAACCAGUCCGUCUUCAAGCGGGAGCAGAAGGCGGCGGCCACGCUGGGCAUCGUGGUGGGCGCCUUCAUCGUGUGCUGGCUGCCCUUUUUCCUGCUGUCCACCACCAGGCCCUUCGUGUGCGGCACGGCGUGCGGCUGCGUGCCGCUGUGGCUGGAGAGGACGCUGCUGUGGCUGGGCUACGCCAACUCGCUUAUCAACCCCUUCAUCUAUGCCUUCUUCAACCGGGACCUUCGCGCCACCUACGCCAACCUGCUGCGCUGCCGCUACCGCAACAUCAACCGCCAGCUGUCCGCCGCCGGCGUGCACGAGGCGCUCAAGAUAGUGUACGAGCCCCGCCUUGCCGUGCGACCGCCGUGAUGUCACGCGCUCCUCUACGGCGUGGAAUUACUGCCAAAACUACACAAAAAGGUUUUACUCAAAACAACAGUUUCUUCAAUUAAAAAUACGAUUCAUUAAUAUAAAAAAUAUUUUCUAUUCAAUCAAAAAAAUGAUUGGCAAGUAAAAACAAUGUUCUUCAAAUAAAAAAACAUUUGCAAAUAAAAAAAAAGAUUUUCCUCAAUUAAAAAUUCAAUUUUAAAAAACAAAAUUUAUUUCAUUAACAAUACGAAUCGCAAAUAUGAAAACAAUUUCUAAAAAAUGAAAAAAAAAAAAAAAAUUCGCAGGUUAAAAAAAAAUUCUGCAAACAAAACAAUUUGCCAGUAAAAAUCUAUUUUUCUUCAUUUAAAAAUACGAUUCAUUAAUAUUAAAAAUAUUUUCUAUUCAAUCAAAAAAAACGAUUGGCAAGUAAAAACAAUGUUCUUCAAAUAAAAAAACAUUUGCAAAUAAAAAAAAGAUUUUCCUCAAUUAAAAAUUAAAUUUUAGAAACACAUUUAUUUCAUUAACAAUAUGAAUCGCAAAUAUAAACACAUUUUCUAUUCAAUGGAAAAAACGAUUCGAAGGUAAAAAAAAAUAAAUCUGCAAAUAAAAACGAUUCGCCUUUAAACUUUUUUUUUCUGCAAUUAAAAAAACGAUUUGCAAGUAUAAAAACAAUUUUCGGCAAUUGAAACAACGAUUUUCAAGUAUAAAAACAAUUUACAUGUAUAAAAAUUGUUUUUGGCAAUUAAAAAAAUAAAUCGCAAAUCUAAAAAUUGUGUGCAAUUAAAAAACUAUUUGCAAAUAUAAAAGCGACUUUCUUCAAUUAAAAAAAAUGAGUGGCAAGUGUAAAAAACAUUAUAUUCAAUUAAAGUGAUUUGCAAGUAUGAAAACAUUUUUUUUCUAUUAAAAAAACAUGGGCAAAUAAAAAC